GGUUAUGCAAUUUGAUUUACGAACAAUAUGUAAUUUUUCCCCUUCUUCUCCUCCUCUUCCACGUGACUCUCCUUGCUAAUCUUCAGCACCCUGCCAUCUUCCACCUCCAUUUCUAGGCGCUUCUUUCAAUUUCAGUUCCUGACUGUUUAUGUCGGUCCUGGAUCAGUUAAAUGCGGAGAAGAAUGAAGAAUGUUCCAGGUCGUUCAUGGCGACUCCCUUGACGGGAAAAAAUGAGCUUCAACCAAAAAGGUAGAGCAAAAAGAAAAAAGAAAGAAGCCUCUCAUUCCACAAGUUUCAAAGAGAUGAGGCUGAUGAAUGAGAUAAGGUCUACAGAGCAAUAAUAGAGGUCAAAGAAGAAUAAAAAGCUAUCCAAAAGUGUAAAUUGAUAUUAAAUUGAUCCAUCUAAUGUUGUUACACCUUAAAAGUAGCAGCAGCCGAGAGAUGGAGAAACAAGAAGAGAGAGGUCGCAAAUUGUUGCUUGUGCCAUGCCCAUUUCAGGGUCACAUAAACCCAAUGCUUCAGCUAGCUUCAGUUCUUCACUCGAAAGGCUUUUCCAUCACCAUCGCUCACACCCAAUUCGACCCUCCUAACCCAUCAGCUCACCCUGCCUUCGACUUCAUCUCCAUACCAGAUACCUUUCUUGAGCAACAGACUUCUCCAGAAAAUAUGAUUGAUCUUGUUCUGCUUCUUAAUGCCAAAUGUCAAGAACCCUUCAAAAAAUUCUUGGCCCAGAUGAUAAAUCGCCAGGACCCUUCUCAUCCUCAAUUUGCCUGCAUCAUCUAUGAUGAAGUCAUGUAUUUUUCUCCGGCAAUCGCUAAUCAUUUCAAGCUUCCAAGCAUCAUGUUUCGAACUUCUAGUGCCACCACAUUUCUUGUUCGUGCUGUCAUUCCUAAGCUGCAUUUACAAGGCUGUCUUCCCUUACCGGAUUCUAUUUUGCAGGAUCCAGUGCCUGAACACUAUCCCCUGAGGUUCAAAGACCUACCCGUCGUAAAAUUUGGAUCAGAAGAACAGAUCUUGCGACUCAUGGCCAACUUGUUCAAUACAGAAAGAAGCUCAGCAAUAAUAUUUAACACUAUGGAUUGCCUUGAACAAUCGUCAUUAGCGAUGAUUCAACACCAAAAACAGCUUCCAAUCUUCCGAAUUGGCCCUAUGCAUAAGCUUGCUCCAAACUCCACCAGUAGCUUAUUAGAAGAGGACACCAGCUGCAUAGCAUGGCUCGACAAGCAAGCUCAAAAUUCUGUCAUAUACAUAAGCUUGGGGAGCAUAGCAUCCAUGGAUUCUAAGGAGGUAGAAGAGAUGGCAUGGGGACUGGCCAAUAGCAAGCAGCCUUUCCUGUGGGUGAUACGAUCCAGCCAGAAAAUUGCCUCAGAAUGGAUAGAGUCAUUCACAAAGGAUUUCAAAAAUUCAGUAGGAGAAAGAGGCUGCAUUGUGAGAUGGGCACCCCAGAAAAAAGUGUUGGCACAUGAUGCCGUAGGAGGGUUUUGGACCCAUUGUGGAUGGAAUUCAACACUGGAAAGUAUAUGUGAAGGGGUUCCAAUGAUAUGCAGACCAUGUUAUGGGGAUCAAAAUGUGACUGCAAGGUAUGUUAGCCAAGUAUGGAAAGUAGGUUGGCAGUAUGAAAAUGAGUUGAAGCGAGGUGUAAUAGAGAAAAUUGUUCAGAGACUAAUGGUUGAAGAAGAAGGGAAGGAGAUGAGAAAGAGGGCAAGGGAUUUGAAACAUAUGGUUGAAGCUAGCAUUGAUAAGGAUGGCCCUUCACGCAAUUCUUUGAAUGAGUUCGUAGAGUUUAUUACGUCCUCUUAGGUUUCUCUUGGUCACAGCAAAAAUCCUUCUCAAAGAAUGUAAUACAUUUGAUUGUCACAGACUAGGUUUUUUAAGUGCUUGAAAGGUGAACGUUUAAGCCUCAAUGCAAUAAUUAUGUGUACUUCAUAAAUCUUUAUCCUAAAGCUGGCCGCAGUAAGCCAUUUUUUAGUAUACAACAAUCCUAUUUUUUAAUUAAGGACCAAUACUCUUUCAGAUUUCAUGAUUUCAAGCCAAUGCCAUAACCUCAAUCGCCUAAAGUGGUGAGCAAGAAGUACCAACAAGCCAAAAAGCCUUGGAGUUAUGGUGUAGAACCAAGACAGCCACAUCCGUUCCUUCUGCUCAUAUUGAUUUCAAUAAAUACGAGCAGUUUGCUGAACUUACCUAAUCUCUGGCUACACUAAAUGACUAAUUAAUUUAUGCCUUUAAUCAGGAUUUUAUGGCCUUAUGAUUGGAAAACAGAAGUCUAUACCAAGAAGAGUUGUUUCAGAUGAUGGCAACACAGAAUCAGCCUGGUGGAGUUUUUUGGUAUCAUCACAUUAAUUCAAUCGGCAUGAUUAUCAUUUCUUGGGUCAUCUAUGAAGUUCAAUUUGUACGACAUUAUAGUCUCCUUAGCCAUCUAUGUACUUCAAGCAGAAUGAGCACGUCAAAGUGCUGAAUGGUCGUUAAGCAGAAAAGCAGAACAGACCAGAGCAAAAUGGAUAGUACCUUGUUUCCAUAGAAAUGACCGCACAUCAAACCUCCACGGGCUUCACUCCGGCUUCACCUUAUAAGAAUGAAGAGCAGAGAAAGUAUCUCUCUUAGAAACGACUAUCGAAGAAGAUUCCUUAACUUUUCAAGCCCAAAAAAUUAACUUUGAUUAGUCAUAUAAAAAACCAUUAGAACAUCGACUCUUUGAAGAAUGUUGCCCUGUUCUGUGAUUGCCACCAUCAGUAAUCUAAAGUAACCAAGUGUGCAAACUUGUCCAGAUAAGCAAACCAUCCUAGUCAGCCAUCCAACUCAGCACUCACCUUCAAGACAAAGAACGCAUGGCCGACAACUGUCUAAAGAAGAACCGUGGUCGUCCCUUCCUGCCUGCUUCUCUGAUGUCCUUUUUAUUUUCUGCAUUUUCGGUUUUGAUCUUCUGUAAGGCUGUCUUCUUGUUUGUUUCCUCUCCUAUGUUGAUCGGUUUCAUUACAAAGAGCA